CCUCCUUGGAUCGUUAAAAACGCGUUUUCAGAAAACUUUUAUACAGCGAUUUAUGUUGCGGGAUUCAGCAGCACAUGUUUGCAUUGUAGUUUUGUGUUCCUCCCUGUCCUUCCUGACUGACUAAUUCAGCGCGUUUUCCAGCAGAGCUCAUUGUGACAUCACAGGUCGAGAGGAUGACAGCUCGAGUGUACUGCUCGUUGAGUGUCGUUUUAUUGUGCCUGUCUGCAUGUUUGUGCACAACACAAGUCGCAGCAAAGCCAGGAGAGUGUCCAAGCUCCAAAACUGGAGGAGGAAAUUGUGCCAAGUUGUGUUACUAUGACAGUGACUGUCCGGACAAUGAGAAAUGUUGCAGCAAUGGAUGUGGACGUCAGUGUAUGGCUCCAUAUACAGUGAAGCCUGCGGCCGAGCCGCCAAAGCCUGCAGUGAAGCCUGCGGCCGAGCCGCCAAAGCCUGCAGUGAAGCCUGCGGCCGAGCCGCCAAAGCCUGCAGUGAAGCCUGCGGCCGAGCCGCCAAAGCCUGCAGUGAAGCCUGCGGCCGAGCCGCCAAAGCCUGCAGUGAAGCCUGCGGCCGAGCCGCCAAAGCCUGCAGUGAAGCCUGCGGCCGAGCCGCCAAAGCCUGCAGUGAAGCCUGCGGCCGAGCCGCCAAAGCCUGCAGUGAAGCCUGCGCCCGAGCCUCCAAAUCCUGCAGCCGAACUGCCAAGGCACCCUGAGUGUGCCGGACACCUUGGUCAUGGCCACGGCGGUCACGAUCGUCAUGAUGGCCGCCACGGUCACAAUGGCUGCCACGGUCGCCACGAUGGUCACGGCCGCCACGGUCACGAUGGCCGCCACGGUCACGAUCGCCACGACGGUCACGAUCACCACGACAGUCACGGUCACCAUGACGGUCACGAUCACCAUGAUGGCAAAUGUAAAUCGUGA